AUGCCCAUUAUUGCCUGUGACUGUACCUGACGCAGCUGAAGCAGUGAGUGAGGAAACCCGCCGCCAGCAUCCUGCACCAUGGAGGCGGCCAAAGCACCAAAGCCAUGGACGUUAUAUUUACCGAAUCCCAGCUCGCUGUUUCCUCUCUUCGUGUUCAUUUUAAGCCAAUGUUAUCGGAUAAGCGCAGACGACGGCGGCAUAGAAGAACUUGCAACGGAGAAAGAAGCAGAGGAAAGUCACAGGCAGGACAGCGUGAAUUUACUCACAUUCAUUUUGCUUUUGACACUCACUAUACUCACAAUAUGGCUCUUCAAACACAGAAGAGUGCGCUUCCUGCACGAAACCGGACUGGCAAUGAUAUACGGUCUGUUGGUGGGUGUUAUUUUGAGGUAUGGCAUUCCCUCCACCAGCUACCAUAAUAAAACUCCUCCGAGCUGCAUGCUGAAGGAGGGUCCUGUCAGCACUGUGCUUCUCAAUGUUAGCGGGAAGUUCUUUGAAUACACGCUCAAAGGGGAGAUCAACCUUCGAGAAAUCCACAGUGUGGAGCAGAAUGACAUGUUGCGCAAGCUGACCUUUGACCCAGAGGUUUUCUUCAAUAUUCUGCUACCUCCCAUCAUUUUCCAUGCCGGAUACAGCCUCAAGAAGAGACACUUCUUCAGGAACCUGGGAUCCAUCAUAACGUAUGCCUUCCUGGGCACUGCAAUUUCCUGUUUUGUCAUCGGAAACCUCAUGUAUGGCGUGGUAAAACUGAUGCAGGUUUUGGGUCAACUCACAGACAAGUUUUACUACACGGACUGUCUGUUUUUUGGUGCCAUCAUAUCUGCCACAGACCCAGUCACCGUGCUUGCGAUCUUUAAUGAGCUCCAUGCUGAUGGGGAUCUCUACGCUCUGCUGUUUGGAGAGAGUGUCAUGAACGAUGCGGUCUCCAUAGUGCUUUCAUCGUCGAUUGUGGCAUAUCAGCCUUCAGGAGCCAACACACACACAUUCGAUGCCUCUGCCUUCUUCAAAUCGGUGGGCGUCUUCAUAGGCAUCUUCAGCGGCUCUUUUGCUAUGGGUGCAGUCACUGGUGUGGUCACCGCGCUUGUGACAAAAUUCACCAAGCUGCACUGUUUUCCUCUACUGGAGACGGCUUUGUUCUUCCUCAUGUCCUGGAGUACUUUUCUACUGGCUGAAGCAUGUGGCUUCACAGGUGUUGUCGCUGUGCUGUUUUGUGGAAUCACACAAGCUCACUAUACCUACAACAAUCUCUCAGAGGAGUCGACCAAACGCACUAAACAGUUGUUUGAGGUGUUGCACUUCCUGGCUGAGAACUUCAUCUUCUCCUACAUGGGCCUAGCACUCUUCACUUUCCAGAAUCACGUCUUCAGCCCUAUUUUCAUAGUUGGAGCCUUUCUAGCCAUCUUCAUCGGCCGGGCCUUGAACAUCUACCCCUUAUCUUUUCUGAUUAACCUGGGCCGAAGACACAAAAUCCGAGGAAACUUUCAGCACAUGAUGAUGUUCGCAGGGCUGCGAGGGGCUAUGGCGUUCGCUCUGGCCAUUCGUGACACUGCCACAUACGCGCGGCAGAUGAUGUUCACUACGACCCUGCUCAUUGUGUUCUUCACAGUGUGGGUGUUCGGAGGAGGCACCACGCCAAUGCUAUCCUGGCUGCACAUCAGGGUUGGAGAGUCUUCUGAUGCUGAGAAGGAGAGGAUGCGUAGACUGUGGAAUUACGACAGAGUUGGAGUGGACCCCGAUCAGGAUCUUCAGCCAUGCGGGGACAGCUUCCAGGUCCUUCAGGGAGAUGGGAGCCAGUCAGAAGGGCAGAGCAAGACCAAGCAGGAGAGCGCCUGGCUUUUCAGACUUUGGUAUACUUUUGACCACAAUUACCUGAAGCCUAUCCUGACCCAUAGCGGACCCCCUCUGACCUCCACCCUGCCCGCCUGCUGCGGCCCAUUGGCUCGAUGUCUGACCAGCCCUCAAGCAUAUGAGACCCAUGAGCCGCUGCGGGACAAUGACUCAGACCUCAUCUUGAACGAAGGAGACCUGACGCUGACCUACGGCGACACCGCCAUCACAGCCAACGGAGCCUCAUCCUCCUCUGGUCCCGAAGGGUCGGCUGGGAUCUGGGGCCUGAAUGGCAAACGCAGCGACAGCACGUCAGAAGACGCUCUGGAGAGAGAACUGGACACGCGUGAACAUGAGCUGUUGAGCCGCGGCACACGUCUGGUUUUCCCCAUCGAGGACCACGCUUGAACUCACCACCCAUUCCUCAAACACCCCGCACUCCAUACCUCCUCUCAUAUUGCACACCGCUCCAUCCGACCAUCCACAAACAUCUCAAGACGGGGGGCUGAAAUUUCAAGGAAACGGAUGGGUUUGUGCUCUAGAUGAGUUUGUUUACCAGAAUGGAGGUGUCGAAGCUGUGGUAGGUUGAGUUUCUCCUCAUGGAAAUGUGGAGGAAAAGGAAAGCUUUGGAAUAAGCUUUCGUUUAUGAUCAUUAAAUGACACUGACACAUUCAGACAUUCACACACGCAGCAUUUAUCAUACAUUACGCCAUUAUUACUUUGUUUAGCAUUGCUGCUACAAACCGGAAAUAUGACUGAGCCAGUUUUUCUCUUGAAAAAUUCAGGUUUUUUAUGUAUGAGCAGUCAGUAUUAUUAAUCAUUUGCAUUUAAAUGCUCCUCUUCGCCGUCAGGCAAAUGAGCAAGCAGCUCAUCAUAUCUGUAAAUACGCCAGACUGUACGUGGUGGUGGUGUUCGGUAAAAUCCCUCGAACACAAUGGGAUCAUUGUUUGAUAUGCGUGCAUGUUCAUCUCAUGACUGCAUACAGGAUCCUUGUAAUACUCAGCUCCAAGUGAGUUGUGGUUUACAUUUCCUCUUGAUAUCUUGGUUGUCAACACCAACUUGAUGUAAAUAUGAAUGUUGAUCUGCACAGUUGUGGGAUUUCUUUCCUUUUUAUUCGAUAAAACAGCUGGAUGCAACCGGAGUGUAUAAACCAUGCACUUUAGCUGCAGUUGAGCUGCAGUCCUUGCAUGUUUUGCUUUAUUAUAUUGGAUUAUUAACCACUUGCACAGUCUGAAAUUGUGACGUGAGAUGAUCGAAGAAGGUUUUUAGUGAAUGCGUGUGUGUGUGUGGCUUGUCUUUUGAGCCUCUUCACAUGCAGAUCUUGUAGGAGUUGCUGCUAUAUGGCAACUUAACGAUUCCGAAAUCUGAAACAUUUGGCAUGACGUUGACCCGGCUGUUGAGUCUUUUCAUAGAGUAAACAGAUUCCAUCAACCGCCAAUGCAGAUUCUUUCUAUCCUCUGAGUCUAGAAUUGAAUUAUGCUUGCUGUUAAUGAAUGCAAGUUUAAAGUCCGAACAUUUGGUUAAUAACUAACUCAGAUGUUUGAAAUAAGACUUCAUUCCACUUGAUGAACUAACCUUGGACUCCUUCGAUUUAAUAGCCUUUUACGACUGUCUCAAUAGUCCGUGCCUGUCUGUCGUUUGCUUUUUAAGCUGUGAAAAGAUGCCUCACCUUCAAUGUCAUCCACAGUAUCUAGUUCAAAACCUAAAUGUGAAUUGAGAUUUGCACUAAUGAAUGGAGAUUUGGCUAGAUAAUGAGCGUUAUGGGCUUUGUGGCAAUUGAACAACCUUAAACUGGCUGUAGCAAAAGACUAAGUCACUCUCAUGAAUGGCUCCUCCGACGUGUCUGAAAUGGGUUUUUUCUUGAACAUUCUAUGGUGGACUUGUGUGUACCUUCAGGAUAUGUAACUCUUUCCUGUAGCAUUCAUCUUUUACUUGCUGUUCUGCAUGUACGUAUCUGCCAUAUAAACAACAACAAAGCAUAAUCAAGCUGCCAUUUUUUAAUGUCUAUGAUGCUAAUUCCCCUCCUCACGCGAAUCCCUAUUAUUUAUAAUAAUAUGAUUAAUAUUAUACAUAAAGAUGCAUUCUUCUUGUCAAAUAAAGUGACAACUGUGGUAUGCAUUGUAGCUUAACCAAUUGUACAUUCAUGAAAAUAGCCAAUGUAUCAAAGCGGGCUUCAGUAGCAAUGCCUAAAUAAGGUAUUUGGUUUCUUUUCUAUGUCAUUCGAAAAUACUACUACUAAUAAUAAUAAUAAAACAAGAAACUAGUGUUUACUACAAAA